AUGGUAGUGAAAGCUGGGAAGCGGUCACGAAAGGGGCGGCGAAGCGAGAGAGAAAAAUACGCAAAAAAGUUCAGGUUCGAGGGUGUCGAAAGGGGUGACUACGUGAAGGGGUUCAUUUUCGACGGUGUAGUACGGGGGACUUACCCGAAGAAAAGCUCUUCAGGCAAUCUAGAUCUUGAAGCCACCCAGCGUAUCGCGGCUCAAAACACAGUCCCACCAACUAAUAACCUGAAUCCGAAUACCACGAUGCUUCCUAACGAUGAGGAGAGCGCCAGCCACGUUGCGCGAAUCCUCGAGCUCUUGAGACAAGCCCCGGGUCCGAAAUCGAGCGCUCCGGUGCUUCCUAUCAGUGGUGAGAACGAGCAAAUAGUCUCCCGGAUUCUCUUCCUUCUGAAGCAGGCGAAAAGCUUACCCUCCAAUGUCAAUAACCCUUCUCCUGUUGUACGCGACCCAAAUGUGCCAGUCUCUGAUGCUCCAGUCUGUGACACGAAGGCAGACAAUGGUAGCCAGAACGCGAGCCCAACAGCACUCGUUGCUUAUAGUCAAGAGUUGACUACUACUGAAUCCACCCAGGAGUUAGAUACUAUGUGCCUUGCCCGCGAUCUAGGUUACGGUACGGGCAAACUUGACAUCUCGAUGUUCUACGACCAAUUUGAAAGCACGUUUGGCUGCAAGCUCAUCCGAAACGAAGUCCUUGAAGACCUCAGAGGUUGGUGCUCUCCGGUCACAGAGGUUGGGUUCUUGGGAUCUCGAUCAGCUAUUGAGGAGGCAAAGGCUGGAGUCACUAGACAGCAAUAUUUCCAGGCGGUAUUGGGAGGUAAAUGGCAUAAGCGCUGA